AUGAUGGAGUACAUGGAGGAUAAGUUUGCCUUGAAAAGCCAAGCGAUGAAGGCCAGCGAUUACUACAUGGAUCAAGUCAUCGAGAGUCUGGACAGCGCGCAGUACUUCAGCAAGUCUCCCCCGAAAUGUGUGCAGGCCUUCGGGCUUCAGAGUAGCGAACACCGGUCCUCGCCCUGCGGAGACCAAAACGCCAAUUACGGUGUGCCAAAAACAGACGACGACACUUUGCACUCGGACCUCGGCAGGUCGAUGGAUAAUUGUUGCACUCUGCGUUCGUCUCCGGUCACAACCGGACAGGAGAAAACGGAUUUGGACGACAUGGGAGACAAGUGCGACAGUAAUGUGUCCAGCAGCAAGAAGAGGAGACACCGGACGACCUUUACCAGCGCGCAGCUGGAGGAGCUGGAGAAAGUCUUUCAGAAAACUCACUAUCCAGAUGUUUAUGUGAGGGAACAGCUGGCCAUGAGGACGGAAUUAACAGAGGCCAGAGUGCAGGUUUGGUUUCAGAACAGAAGAGCAAAGUGGAGGAAAAGAGAGCGCUACGGACAAAUCCAACAAGCCAAAACUCACUUUGCAGCCACUUACGAUUUAUCCGUGUUACCAAGAACGGACAGCUACACACAGAUCCCUAACAACCUGUGGCCCAGCCCUUCAGCCGGCGGCUCCGUGGUAUCUCCCUGCAUGCUUCCCCGAGGCUCCCCUCCCUGCGUCACUUCCUACUCGCACUCCCCCCGCUCGGCCGCCGGCGCCGCCGACCACGGCUACGUGGGCUUCCCCAACCAGCAGAACCAGUUUGGCCACGUGUCCCUCAACAACUUCUUCAGCGCGGACUCCCUCCUCACGCCGACCUCCAACGGCCACCACGCCUUCGAGACCAAGCCCGAGUUCGAGAGGCGUUCGUCCAGCAUCGCCGUCCUGCGCAUGAAGGCCAAGGAGCACACGGCCAACAUCUCCUGGGCCAUGUGA